AUGCGAGCGAUUGGCGUCCCCGCGACGCUGGCGGCUCUGCUCGCCGGCAACCUUGCCCAGGCGCAGUGGCUCAUCAACGAGCUGAGCUUUGGGCAUUCUGGACGGCUCGAUCAUGAUGGCCACGGCAAGAUCCCGGGCUUCACAAUCUCCGGCCAGCCGCACCAGCCCGAGCUGCUGUCCAACAAGAUCAUCCUCACGCCCGUGGCCCCCGGCAACCAGCGAGGUGCCAUCUGGGCAGAGUCACCCCUGGCGCGCACGGCAUGGACCGCCGAUGUCGACUUUCGCGCCAAUGGGCCCGAGCGAGGCAGCGGCAACCUGAACAUCUGGCUCGCGCACCGAGGCAACCACGAUAUCGGGUCCAACAGCAUCUACACGGUGGGCAAGUUUGAGGGCUUGGGCCUGGUUAUUGACACGCACGGGGGCUCCCCAGGCAUGAUUCGGGGCUUCCUCAACGACGGAACCACCGACUACGUGCACCAGCACAAUGUGGACAAGCUGGCGUUUGGCCACUGCUACUACCAGUAUCGCAAUCUGGGCCGUCCGUCGCAGAUCAAGCUGCGGCAGACGCACACCUCGUUCCGGGUCGAGAUUGACGGCACUCUGUGUUUCGAGACGGACAAGAUCAGCAUCCCGGCUGGCUACCACUUUGGCCUCACGGCCGCGACGCCCGACACGCCCGACUCAUUUGAGGUCUUCAAGAUGGUGGUCAUGUCCGAGUCGACCGUGUCUGGUGAGGACCACCACGACAGGCAACAAAAGAUCAACUACGAGACUCGGCAGACGCGGCCUCAGGGCGGCGGUCAUGACGACCUCGAGGGCAGCAACAUCAUGCCCGACCAGCCGGCCGAGAUGUACAAGACGUCGUCGGCCCAGUUCCAGGACCUCCACGAACGCCUGCAGUCGGCAACGCACCUCCUCAACGCCGUGCACCGCACCAACCUGCAGCACAAGAAGAAGAGCGACGAUGACCAGGCGGACAUUAAACACGCCCUCGACCAGCUGCGUGAGCAGCUGUCGCACUCGAGCCGCAACGACGACUUGCAGCACCGUAUCCGGGAGCUCGAGAGCGAGGUGCGCUCCCUCCGCGACGAGAUCCACAACAAGCUCUCGUCGCAUCAGGACGACCUGCACCGGUACCUGGGCCAGCACCACACUCUGCUGAGCCACACGGUGACGAGCAGCAUUCCGGGCCACGGGAAGCUGAUUUUCAUCAUUGUGGGCACGCAGGCGCUCCUGGUGACUGCGUAUGUCCUGUACAAGAGGCGGAGGGCCAACAGCCCCAAGAAGUACCUCUAA